AUAAAAAGAACAUCACUUUUUGUAAAGGACUGCUUCAAAGUUCGCCGCACCACCACUCACCCGUUCUGUUGUCGUUCCUUUUUCUUUCUCUUUCCUUCUUUCUUCCUGUUCCUUUUCUUCACACAUUAGUACAUGAGGUCCAUUGCAUCAUCGACAUGCCACUCUCUGAUAAAGUCGCCAGCAAGUUACCGUCGAUCCGGCAACCCUUGGAUCUACCGUCAACCGAUGGCAUGACUCUGGAGAAGGUGCUACAGAACCAAACAGCCAGUCCCUUCAGCUUGCGCGAUUUCGCAGACUAUUUAGAGCAAACGUACUGUGCGGAAAACCUGGCGUUCUACAUGGCAGUGUCUGACUACCAGCAAUCGGCACGUCUGUAUUUUGGCAGCACCCCUGAGACCCUGGACGCGCCCGUCAUCAUUAGUGGCCAACCUUUUCGGUUUACUGAAUCGGAGCGGCCCAUGCUGAAUCACGAGGAGCGGAUCCGGUUCGAGACGCUCAAGGCCAAGUUUGAGGAUAUCAUUGAACGGUUCAUUCUGACCAACGCGGCGCAAGAAGUCAACAUUCCCUACGAGCUACGCCAUUACUUGCUGCAAACGUACCACGAGCACCAGUCUUAUCACCCUGCACUUCUCAAACCCGCAUGCGUGGCCGUGGUCGAACUUUUGCGGAUCAGUGCGUUUAUUCCUUUUGUCACCGAUCCAAACCGGAUGAUUGUUCCGACACCUUCUAAAACGACCCUGAGCAGCAAAUCCGCCAACAGUAGUAGUAAUAGUAGUAGUAGUAGUAGUAGUAGCAACAACAAGAACUCGUCCGCGUUGUCACCACGAAGGCUGCGUAGCUCUCCGUCGCUUGCCGCGAAUGACACCACCCCUCCCCCGCCUGUACCUGCUCUCCCGCUCUCGCCAGGAUCACCUCUGCCAUCGCGUUCACUGUCCUCUGGUGGAGAUAACACUUUCACCGCGUCCAGCAGCUCGACUUUAUCGCCCACCCCACACCACCACCAAUACCAAUACCAACAGACAUGGCUGGAUUUCGAUGCCAUGUCCAUCUCCAGUACCACGAGCACGAGCACAUCCAGUACAAGCACCAUACUCAAAAAGCUAACAACGUCCUUCCGCUUCCGGGCACGCUCACAGUCGCCACCACGGCAGACAAGCUGGCGCCAGAUUAACAUUCCCGAUCCGCACGUCUUUUUGGCCAACCACAUUCAACAGAACAACGCACCGCCGACUACAUCAUCCUCAGUACCGGUCAUGGAACGUGGGUUGAGUAACAGCAGCAUUACAAGCACAUCCACAGUGAGCAGCCGUGGCAGCAUUACCACCCCAACCAUGAAUCCUCCUACUUCCACAAAAUGUCCCCAGCCAUCUUCUUCUGCUUCAUCAUCUAUCGAUACCCGAGCCAAUCAUUCUUCACAGCAACAAAACCACAACCAUGACCAUCAUCAACAACAACACCUGCCACAGCAACCACGUCAGCAGCAGCAGCAGCAACAACAAGAAGAACAACCGCCAGGCACAUUCCAACCAUUCAUUUGUUAAAUCAUACAAUCCACUAUUACUACCAUCACCAUCACUUUUACCACUACUACUAUGCCCUACUACUUUGAUUUUUAGAUACAUCACACCUCAUCUUUCAUCAUUACAGUUCGCAUGCAACACCCCGCACCUUUAAUACAUCCCUA